CACCCAACUCCCGUGGGCUUCAGCGUCCUCUCUUCUAUGAGCAUCCUCCUCGGUGUCGGUUUGUUAGAGGUCCUCCAGUUAACUCCCGUGUCUACAUGACAGCCGCGUCGGUUCUCACGUACCGUCAAACAGAAAGGAACAACACCAUGGCGAGAAACCGUAAAGACCGAGACAGCUGGGGGUCCUUCACAGACAAAGCCACCUACGACUGGAGCUCAGAGGAGGAGGAGCCUGAUGGAAGGGCGCGGCCCAUCCAGGUGCUUGUUGUCAAGGAAGACCACACCUUUGAGUUGGACGAGGCGGCGCUGAGCCGGAUCCUAUUGGCCGAAGAGGUCCACAACAGGGAAGUGGUGGCCAUAUCUGUGGCCGGGGCGUUCCGCAAGGGCAAGUCCUUCCUCAUGGACUUCAUGCUGCGUUACAUGUACAGCCAGGCGUCUGAGGAGUGGCUGGGGGAGGCAGAGGAGCCUCUGACAGGGUUCUCCUGGAGAGGUGGAUCUGAGAGGGAGACCACAGGGAUUCAGAUCUGGAGCGAAGUCUUCCUGGUGGACAAGCCAGAUGGACGCAAGGUGGCAGUUCUACUGAUGGAUACCCAGGGAACGUUUGACAGCCAGUCAACGUUGAGGGAUUCAGCCACUGUGUUCGCACUAAGCACUAUGAUCAGCUCCAUGCAGGUGUACAACAUCUCCCAGAACGUGCAGGAGGAUGAUCUUCAACACUUACAGCUCUUCACUGAAUAUGGCAGACUCGCUAUGGAGGAAACUUUCCUUAAACCAUUCCAGUCCAUGAUAUUCCUGGUCCGGGAUUGGAGUUUUCCCUACGAGUUUGGCUACGGGCAGGAAGGAGGCAUGAAGUUCCUGGAGAAAAGACUCAAGAUCUCUGAGAACCAACAUGAGGAGCUGCAGAACGUUCGUAAACACAUCCACUCCUGCUUCACCAACAUCUCCUGCUUCCUGAUGCCUCACCCCGGACUCAAAGUGGCCACCAACCCGAACUUCGACGGCAGACUCAAAGAGAUCGACCGUGAGUUCAUCAACAACCUGCAGAUCCUGGUCCCGUGGCUGCUGAGUCCCAAGAACCUGGAUGUCAAGGAGAUCAACGGCAGCAACAUCACCUGCAGAGGCCUGCUGGAGUACUUCAAGGCAUACAUCAAAAUCUACCAGGGGGAGGAGCUGCCACACCCGAAAUCCAUGCUGCAGGCCACAGCAGAGGCCAACAACCUGGCAGCAGUGGCAGCAGCCAGGGACCUGUACAACAAGAAGAUGGAGCAGGUGUGUGGUGGGGACCGGCCCUUCCUGGCCCCAGCAGAGCUCCAGGCCAGACACAGUGACAUCAGAGAGGAAGCCCUCCAGGUGUUCCGUGGGGUCAAGAAAAUGGGAGGGGAGGAGUUCAGUCGACGCUACCUGCUACAGCUGGAGGGAGAGGUGGACGAGGUGUUCAACCAAUACAUCAAGCACAACGACUCCAAGAACAUCUUCCACGCCGCCCGCACCCCGGCCACGCUGUUCGUGGUCAUCUUCAUCAUGUACGUGGCGGCGGGGAUCACGGGCUUCGUGGGGGUUGACAUCAUCGCCAGCGUGUGUAAUAUGAUUCUGGGCCUGGCGCUGAUCACCCUGUGUACCUGGGCCUAUAUCCGUUACUCCGGAGAGUACCGAGAGCUGGGCCAGGUCAUCGACCAGGUGGCUGGAGCACUCUGGGACCAGGGAAGCACAAAUGAGGCACUGUAUAAGCUGUAUAACGCUGCAGCCAAUCACGGGCACCUGUACCACCACGCAUUCUCUGGUCCCCAGGCCUCCGAAGAGGGGGGGGAGGCCCCCGAGAAGCCCACCAGGAAGAGGAACUGACUGGGUGAUCUGAUUGGCUAGAGCACAGCAGGGACUGCUGGGUACCUCUUAAGUAGCAUGAUGGACAGAGAGGAGGGGAAGCAGGGGGAAGCAUCCUCAUCCACAGGGCACUCUUUUACUAUGGUAUUGGCUGGAACAGUCCAGCGACGCGUUCACUAUUUUAAAUCCAAAUGUGGACAAUGUAAUGUCCCAGAGGCAGUGGCACAAUCUCCCUUUGAACUGGGGGUGCUUCCCUAUCAACAAUGGGGAUUUUCACUUAUCAUUGUCCAUCAUUUGGAGAACAUGGGUGCAGUAGAGAAUUUAUAGUUUACGGCAGAUUUAAUUGGUCUUACGUCAGAUAGCGUGACGAACCACUGUCUGCAACUGGUAGUUUGGCAACGUGUUCCCCUUUAGAAAAACGAAGCCAUCUGUCUGAAGACAAUGCUGCUGAUUUUCACAAAUAGGAGUUUACCUGAUUAUGCCAUUUGAGGAGAGGUUGACCUGUAACUGACUGGUGGUCCAUGUAUAUUGAUGGUCAUGUUUGAUCAAGUUUAGUGAUUUUUAUCUAAGAAACGUAUACGAUGGAUGCAUCCCAAAUGACACCCUAAUAAAAAGGGAAUAGGGUCCCUUUUGGUCGCAGACGCCAUCUUUGCUUAAAAUAUACAUUUUCAUCAGCAUGGUAAAAUCGUUAGGUCUACCAUUUUAGGCUCUCCACUCUUAUCUUGAGUCUGGUAUAUUUGUUAACAUGUUUAGGGCUUGUACUUAUCCUGGCACUUUAAAAGGAAAACUCCACCCAAAGACUAUCUUUUGGUAUUUGUUUCAUUGUUGACAUAAUCCUAAAAAUGUUUUGCUUAUCAGCGAUCACGUUUUACAGAUAACUUUCAAAAUGCAGAAAUCAUCCCUGUGUGAUGCAUUUUGUAUCAUAUGAUGAAAAAUACAUCAUACAGGGAUGAUUUCAUUAUACAGGAUGGUUUAGUUUGUUUCUUAGUUACUGAAUCUAUGGGUACUGUGUGCCAGUAUCGUGUAUCUACAGUUUCAUGCAGCAUUGUCUUCCUUCGUAUGUGGCUGCCACUAGUUUACAUGACGUCAGAGCGUCAUACUGUGCACACAGAAUUAAAAUAAAAUAUAUCUUAUUGUAUCUCAAAAUGGUCACAAAUUUAGACUGGAAAAUAAUUCACUGGCGGAGACAUGAUAGUUGUAAUUCAAGUAGUGGAAAUACUCCCCAACACUGAGUUAGUUAUGGGAUAGGUCAGUAGACAUGAACCAGAGUGUAAUUUGUGAUGAGAUCAAACAGCCUUCAACUAAUAGCACAGGGCUGGGUAGAGGUAAAGAGUUCAAAGUUCACUCUAUUAUAUGUAUCUAUCACUUCAUAUUGGUCUGCUUCCUGCUCAGUUUUGUUAAAUAAAUGAACUUCAAAAACAGAAA